AUGGAAGACCUCCUUCCUUUGAGAAAAGAUUUUCAAUUACACAAUCAUAAGAUCGUAGGCAAAGGAUUAUUUUGCCCUAGAGUAAGUAAAGAACAAUUAUCAUUAAAAUCAAAUACUCCAAACUCAACCAUCGCGUCUAUUGUAUCGACAUUAAGCAAGCAACCAGGAGUUCAUACUCCAAAUUAUUUAAAUGCUGCUGGAUUUCAAUAUACGGGUGUGAGCGAUACAGCUCGCUGCAAAGACUGUGGACUUGAGGUAUCGAAUUGGACGGUAACCAUGCAACCAAUUACUAUCCAUUCAAAACAAAGACCUGAAUGUCCCUUCAUUCUAUCCCUGAAACAAUCUGUAAUAUCAAAUAAAGCUUUCACUUCAUUAGCAACUACUACUAUUCGAAGCAUACCAAUAAAAACUGAACCAGAAAAUCCAUCAAAACGCCAAAAAAUUGAACCAAGUAAUUCAGACAUUUCAUCAAAUACGUUAGUGGAAACAAAUCUACUGAAACAAGUAAGACGAAGAACGUUUUCUCAUUGGCCACAUCGUACAAUUCCAUCAACGGCACAAAUGAUAGAAUCUGGCUUUUUCAACUGCAAUGUGGGUGAUCGAGUAAUAUGUAUUUAUUGUAAUUUGAUAUGUCAACAAUGGACACCACACACUGAUGAUCCAUGUGAAGUACAUAAAACUCUCUCGCCCAGCUGUAUAUACGUUACAGCUAAAUUAAUUCGUCCUGCAGCUUCAUCUAUAAUUAUUGUAAAUGAAAACUCAACAAGUACAACGGUAAAUAUGAAUUCAUCAACAGCAACUGGUCUCGAUCCAUUAAGAUCUAAUGAAAUAGUAUUUACAGCUGCAUGCAAUCCUGCUUAUACUGAAAUACCAAAACGCCACGCAUCAUUUGGUCUCUGGCCAGCUGAAAAUUUACCAUCAGUCGAUGAUUUAGUUCGAGCAGGAUUUUUUUAUACAGGCACUAAAACUAUUGUGACUUGUUUUUAUUGCAAUGGAUCAUUACAGAAUUGGGGUCCAAAUGAUAAUCCAAUGAUUGAACAUGCUCGAUGGUUUCCACACUGUGCCUAUGCUAAACAACUUUGUGGUGAUGAUUUGUAUCGAAAAAUUCAAGAAUCAAAACGAGCCCAACAAGAACGUGCUAGAGCAAAUGAAUCAAAAGAAAAAGCAACUCUAGGUAUGCCAGCAAGUACUACUACUACUACCUCAACUACAACAAACAAUCGACAGUUACUAAUACCUGAUGAAAGUACUCUAUCCCGACUUGUUGCAGCUCGACUAGAUCUACCAAUUUCACAACGUUUAUUGGAUCAAAAAUUUAAACUAUCUAUUAUCAAACGAUGUUGGGAAGAUCAAUUAAGAUUGAAGCAAGAUGACUUUAUAUCAGAGUGUGAUUUAUAUAUUGCUUGUUUGAUUCUUCAGAAACAAAUCGAACACAUUGAUGGUAAAAAGGAAAACAUUGUUAUACCAAGUAUAAGAAUGAAACAAAUUAGAGAACAGAAUGAAAUGCGUACUCAAGAACAAACAUUAGCUACAACUCAAUCGAUGACGAAUUCUACUGAUGCUGAUAUGACUACAUCAUCUCCAUCGUCAACAAAUGAAUCUAUAUCUCCGCAAUCUUCAGUUGAUUCCACAACAAAAUCAACAACACCUGCAAAUCAAACCGAUAUAAAGCCCAGCAAAUCAGUACCUUCAACGAGCAAUGAACAAGAUCAAUCAGUGAAUUCAACAUCAUCAAAUCCUUGUGUCCUUUGUUUAACAGAAGAGAAGAGAUUAGCUUGUAUACCUUGUGGUCAUUUAGCAACAUGUGUACCAUGUGGUCAUUCAUUACGAUCGUGUCCAAUCUGCCGAAGAGAGAUCGAAGCUUUCGUCAGAAUCUAUAUCUGA